CUGAUGUAAGAUAGGUCAUAAAACCCUAUGAACAACUUAGCUUAUUUCGACCCCUAGACUGAUUUUUGUCCCGCGGAAAAUCGAUGGUGGCAGACUGGUCUCAACUGCCGAAGGAGCUCCUUCAUCAUAUAUCGGAACGCCUUGACAACCUACUCUACCACCUCCGCUUCCGAUCUGUCUGUUCGUGGUGGCGCUCAUCCUCCUCCCCAUUGUCCCCGCGGAAAAUCAUGGUGGCAGACUGGUCUAAACUGCCGAAGGAGCUCCUCCAUCAGAUAUCAGAACGCCUUGGUAGCCCACUCUACCGCCUCCGCUUCCGAUCUGUCUGUUCGUGGUGGCGCUCUUCCGCCUCCCCGCUCAUUUCCUUCCACGAGUUUCCCUCCACUUUCCCAACCGUCCCGGAUGCUGAAGGCGAAGCGUACACCUUUUUCCUCUCCAAAUGCAGCCUCCUCCUCAUCACCCCACCCCCACACCAACCAAUCCGAACCCCCAUCUUGGUCCAAGCCGGCCAAGACCUACAUGGCCGAACCCUCCUCUAUAACCCCCUCUCUUGCUGCCGAAGUUUCCCCCUCUACUUCUCAAGCAUGCUCGACCUCUACCACCUCCCCAUCAUUGAUCUCGGAAACGCGUUCGUCCUCCACAACUUCCCUCCUGCUCCUCCUUCCCGUCACCACGACUCAAUCUAUGGGCAUAAGGUAGUAGUGGCGCCCAGUGGCCUGUAUCAGGGAAAGCAAGAGCCUUCUAUCUUGCUCACCAUUCACAGUACCAUGAAGAGGCCGGCCCACCUCCGGUGCAGCUCUGAGUACUGGAUACGCUCAAGCAUGCCCCCACCCUACGAUGAUGUCUGUGUCUACAACGGCCAGCCCUGCGCUGUGGACUGUAACGGUUGGACCGUCGUGACCACUGCAGUCAGGCUAGGGACGUACAAAAUGGAGCUGGUCGCCAAGCCGGGGGUGUUCGGCGGGGACAGGAAGAUUUUGGUUGAGAGCGAGGGAAGCCUGUUGCUGGUGGACAUGCACCUGUCCAAUGAGGAUUAUCGUUGGGAAAGAUUCAAUGUGUUUAGACUUGAUAAGAAGGAGAAAAAGUGGGUUGAGGUGACGAGUUUGGGGGAUCGGGUUGUGUUCUUGGGGGAUGCAUGCGCCUUCUCUGCUUCAGCUUCUGAUUUGUGCGUUGGCAAGGGGAACUGUGUGAUAUUUAAAGAUUCUACCCUGAAAGGUAGAGCAGGUGUUUUUCCUUUGGAUGUAGGUCGGAUUUCGCCUCUUUCUGAUCAUCCCGAGUAUUCCAGGUUGUUUGAUUAUAACAGGUUGUUCAAUUGUAACAAGUAUAUUGGACAUGUUUUGAAUUUUGUCCAAAACUUCAAGAUGCCAUCAUGCACGUCUUAUGAUAUUCCUGGUCUUUAG